AUGGCUCUUGUAACUAGAUGCAAUGCAAAGUGGGGUAUUGCAAACCUAAGAAAAUUCAGUGGGAAACACUGCUGGGUAGGUAAACUAAGAGGUUUGCUAUCCCCCACUGAAAACUACAUCUUGCUGUUGCUGCUACUGCUCUUUUUUUUUUUUUUUUUUAAUUAACUUUUUAUUGACAGAGCCCAUGCCAGGGUAAUUUUUUACAGCAUUAUCCUUUGCACUCACUUCUGUUCCGACUUUUCCCCUCCCUCCUUCCACCCCCUCCCCUAGAUGGCAAGCAGUCCUUUACAUGUUAAAUAUAUCACGCUACUGCUCUUUUUAAAUUUAGUCUGUACAACUCUCACUUGUUGAUUAGAAUGAUUGGGUGUGGGUCGUGGAGCUCACCAAGAGGGAAUUUUCGCUGACUCCAGCCCUGAAACUGCCCUAAUGAGGAUAUUCCACGAUCAUGAUACGAACUUUAUCAACAAAUGGCUGAAGAAUUUCUUCUGGAAGACAAAAAGAAAACAAUCAUUCCAGUUUCAAAAAAAAAAAAAAAAGUCCAUUCCCACUUAAAUUCUAUGCGAACUACCCUGGCAAUAAGGACCGGUAACUUCUCUUCUAUGGUAAGUGACUGAAACUGGAGAGAUCUGAAGCUAGCUACAUUUCAAGAACAGACUAAGAUCUGGAGACAUCUGAGAUACCAGCUUCCCAAAUGUAAAAGCAACCACAUUACAAACUAGAACAGAAGUACUUUCUGCCCCCAUUUCAGUACCUUUAAGCAGUGUGAAAAUUCUCUAGCUUUUCAAAGAGUUAAAGAUGCCUCGGAGAAAGAAGAAAGUUACAGAAGCUCCUGAAACUAGGAGAUUGGAGGAGGAGAAUCAAAUCCUCAAAGUAAAGAAGAUAGAAAAUUCAUUUAUUGUCAUCUCUGAUAGUGAUGAGGAACCUGGGGAAGAGAAUGGAUUGCUGAGGACAAGGACAAUGCAGCAGUUGGAUAGAGCAAAGUGUGCAACCAAAAGAAAAAUUACACAGAUGACGGAAGAUGAGCAGUUUGCUUUGGCUCUGAAAAUGAGUGAACAGGAAGCACAGCAAGUGAAUGACCAGGUGGAAAAAGAGGAGGAGCUCUUAAGGAAGGCCAUUGCUGAGAGCCUGAAUAGUUGCCAGCUUUCUGAUUCUUCUGUCACAAGCUCUGUACCUUUGUUCACUGGGAUAUCUGCACAGCACCACCAAGAGAAACCAAUGAUUUCUGAGACAAUUGAACGCUUGUUUCCUUGUCCUGAAUCUCCACGCUCAUCUGUCGCAUCCCUGUCACAGAGAUCUCAGUCUGAACAGACAGAAAUGCCGAAAAGCCCUCUGGUGAUGCUGAAGAGGUUAAGUCAAGAAAUAGUUGAAAGCUCAUUAUUAUCAAGCAUAAUUUUAUCUCAAGAAAAGAACCAACUUUCACUUAAAUCCAGUGAAGCAUCUUGCUCACCCGUGUUAAGUGACUCUAGUGAUAAUUUAUCAAGUCCUCCUGUUAAAAAAAAGUUUGUUCUGAGUCCUACUUUUUCUCGAGUUCCUCUAGGAACAUGGCAGUUGGUACCUCGGAAAUUGUUUGCAAACUCAGGUGUUAACCAAGAAGAGGAGGUUGAAGGUAGAGAGAAGUGUUUGGGUAACACUGGAAACUUGGCAGCACAGCCAGUCACUGGCAGUUCAGGAACUGGGGAUAAAAUCAACCACCCAAUUCUUGAGAAUAAGAGCUUUUUUGACAAUGGAACCAGCCAGAGGGCUGAGGAUACCAAGUGUAAGCAGCCUAAAGAACAUAUUAGACUGGGUUGUGGUUCUUUCAUGGCUACAAAAGGGAAAGGAAAGAAGACAUCUCAACGCUGCCUCCCUAGCUCAAUUGAUGUUAAGAAUAUACAGGAGGAAAUUGAAGGCACUGUGCACUAUUAUUGGGGCAUCCCGUUCUGUCCUAUUGGAGCGGACCCUAACCAGUACACUAAGGUUAUUCUAUGUCAGCUAGAAGUUUAUCAGAAAAGCCUGAAAUUGGCUCAGAGACAACUUGUUCAGAAGAGAGAGUUUGGAGAGCCAAUAUUACCUAGCUCUUCUUCCCUGCUACAAAAGGAUCAUGAUGAAAGGCAAGCCAAUGGAGUAAAUGAAGCUAUCACAGAAGAGGUAGGAAAUGACAUAGAACCAAGGAAAGAAACAAGGGCAUCCACAUGGCGCCGAAAAAGUAAGAAUCCUCCCAAGAGUCCAUUGCAGAGUUUGAAAGAAAAGCCUUUGUUGGAGGAAGAACCAACGACCAGUCAUCAUCAGAAUUCCCAGGUUCUGUUUGCUGAGGAUGCACCUCAAAAAGAUGAUGUUAUGACACUAACACCAAGCUCCAUUGCUCUAAGCCAAUUGACCAGUAAGAAAAGUCCAGUCAUUGACAGGAAAAACUCUGCAGAAGAGAUCACAAUCUGCCCAGAGACGCAGCUAAGUCCAUCUCAAGUUCUUGAACUAGAGAGAGAAGAGGAAUGUCUGUCUAGUAAAGAAAGACCUAUUAAGGCUGCUGUCAAUGAAAAUAAUGAGAAGGAAAUGUCUGCCUCCAUCUUCUCGGCCCAUAUCCAGGUGUCCUGCCCAAUGUGUGACCAGGGUUUCCCGCCCACAGAAAUUGAGCUGCAUGCCAUGUAUUGCAAUGGUUUAGUGGGGGAGGAAAGCAGACACUCACCAGUGUUGACUCGGAAAAGGAAACAGGCCAAGAGUAAAAAUGACAAUGGGAGAGAUAUCCAGCCAUCCCUAGACAUUGACAAGAGGGAGAAAUGUUAUCUCUGCAAGUCCCUAGUUCCUUUCAAAGAGUAUCCGAGUCAUGUAGACUUGUGCCUUCGGAUGGCUGCAGAUGACCAAAGAAGCCAACUGGAAAGAGGCAACGGGCAGCCUUCUAGUUCUGGAGGGAAAAGGGUGAGGCAGAGGAACACAAGGGAAGGGAAUAGAAAUGGAGGUCGACUCCUCAACUUGUUGGAGCAAUCUGAAUCUAAGUCUGCAGAUGCUGAUAAGAAGACAGAGUCAUCAGAAGGAGAAGCUUUCAGAUGUGUUGCCUCAGAGAUGGAGAAGGCAGAUGGUAGCAAAGGAGACCAGAGCUCUUUAAACUUGAAUGACUCUCCCAUCAAGUCUUUUGUUUCUAUUUCGGAAGCCAAGGAUUGCCUGGUGGACUUUAAAAAACAACUUUCCAUACGACCAGGCAGUCGGAAGCGGACCAAAGCAAGCAGAGGAAAGAGGAGAAAAUCUUGAGCUUCUUACAAUGGAAGGUUGACAGAUCCCUGGAGAAAAUAUAUGGCUAGACUUCUUUCAGCAGGCCCUCCACUGUUCUUUUUUAAUACUGUUGGUUAGGGUCAAGCCAUAUCAUUGUCAUUACCAGCACAUCUACACAGUCUUUUAAAAAAUAUUUUCUAUGAUCUAUAUAAGGAAACAGUGUAUAGAAUUUGUUUUCUAAUUGCUUGUUUGAAAUUGCUUAUAGUUAAAAAUUUUAAAUAUAUAUAUAUGUUUCUAUGAAACUCUGAAGCACUAAGGUUUUCCUUUCCUUCCUUUGUUUUUGGUUCCCUUUGGAGAUAAGGAAUAUUAGAUCAUCACCUAUUUUAGAAUUAAAUGCAUUAUUGCUUUGGACUUGUCACUGAUAUUCUUCUUGUUCUUAGGUCAAUUAGUAUGCAUUGUACAUUUCCAAACAGUUUCUGUGGUCACUUCCUUGAACUUCUCUCUCUCCAUUGAACUAUCUAUACCUUGAGUUCCAUCUGUCUGCAGUAUUUAUCUGCUUGAUGAUUCCUGAUUCUUGACCUCAUUCUACAGUCCACACAUCAAAUAAAAUUCUAAGUGGCCAUUCCUAGCAGUAUUUUUCCCUAAAGUGAGGGAAUGCUUUGAAAAGUUAUUUGUCUAACCUCACCAGACUCCUAUUGGAUACAACCAUUUUCCCUUCACAGUAUAGCCAUUAGGAAUGUCAGGUAUAACCUCUCAGUUAGAAAUUAGCUCAGCUCUGUUUCAUGCCAGAGAUUAUAGAGGCAGCUGAGAGCAUCAUUGGCGUGGGGAAUUGAACUCUGUUGGAUACUUCCAGGGUAGAGCACAGAUGUGGCCGAAACUUUAUCCAGUAUCUGAGGAGGAUACAAUAGGAAAAGAUGAUGUGCAAGAUGUGUGAGAAAGGAGGGCGCUGAGUGUAAUAAAGAGAAUCUUUAUUAUAGAAGAUUCUCUUCACUGGGCUUGUAAUCAGGGGGCUUAAUUUUGAACCUUGGCUCUGCUUAAUACCUGGAGACCUUGGGAAAGUCCUUAACUUUAGGUCUCAGUUCCUCAUCUUUAAGCAUAAGGAAUUUGGACAACAUAAUUUCUAAGAUUCCUUCCUGUGCUAAAUCCUUCCAAUUCUUCAUAAAAUUCUGUGUUGUGAUAAAUCCCAUGAUUCAGUUGAUAAAGAGAUAUUAACAAAAAACUAGGUUUUGUCAAAUCCUCUUUGAAUUACAUCAGGAUGGUAAAGGAAGUGGCUGCUGAUUGAGAAUGAACUUUUUACUAAGAGAGUUUCAGCCAAAAACUCAAUUUCCUCUGACUUCUACUUUGAAAUCCCAAAUUUUUGUUUUUAAGAAUUGGGGUAUAGUUUGUAGAUCAGGAAAGGUUUAGUCUAAAUUUCCAAAGGUAUCUGGGAAUACUGUUUCUUUCAGGGUGUGGGGUGCUGCUGUACAGUUUUUAUACUUAUUUGGAAGAACGUGGAAACUAAGGUCCUUUUUUGGUGAAAGAAAACAAAAUGAUGGGUCAGUUUAAAUGUUGCACUUCUAUUUCUUCCAGAGUGCUCCCCUAUAUCCCUAAGGGGAAGCAGUCUGACACUGGCAUCACUUUCUGGGUGGGAGUAUCAGGAUUUGUGCCAAAUAGUCAUUCUGCAUUUACAAGACCCCUGUAUAGUAUUCUUCAGUGCCGAGAAAAAUGUUACAUUUUGACUGUGAUAUUGAUUCUUUACCUGUUUUCCUUGUAAUGAAAAGCAGUUUAUCAGUUAUGCACCAUCAAUUCAACUCAUGCUAGUUUUCUCUCGUUAAAUGGCAGUUUAUUAAAGGUAGAUCUCUAUAAAUGGGAUGUGGUGUUUAUCUCUUUGUCCAAAGAUAAAGGAAGCAAAGAACUGAUCUUAGAAAAUAAAUUACUUUUCUUAAGGUUGGAGCAAUCACUGUGCAAGUUUGGGUCAAUUGAAGGAAGAUAUAGAUUAGGAAAAUGAGAACCCAAAAGUCCCAGGUUUCUUAUGAAUCCACUAAUGGGAAGUGGGAAGUCGGGGGCAUUGGGGGGAGGGGGGAGGGUUCCUCUUAAUAUUUACUUUUAGGAGUAGAGAAGAAAUCUUUCUUUCCCUUACCAACAUAUUGCCUCAGAUUCAAUCUUUACUCUGAAAUCUUCCCCCAGCAUUGAGGGUGCCUUACCCUGUAAAUACCCCAUUGGUGAGUUCCUCCUGAGGCCUCUGUUUGGGGAUGAUCCCAGCCUGGCCAACCUCCAUUUCCUUCCUGGCUUUGUUUUUGACUUCCAAACAAACAUUAUAUACCUGUGCCAAGUACUUUCACUUAUCCACCUUUCUAGCUUCCUUUUACAAGUUGUCUUCUCCCAUUAGAUUGUAAGCUCUCUGAGGGCAAGGACAGUCUCUUUGCUUAUAUUUAUUUGUAUCCCCAGAGUUUAGCCUAGUGCCUAAUACAUGACAAAUACUUAAUAAAUUCUUGUUUCCUUGUC